GAGACGAAUAAUUUGUUGAAAAAAUUUUGAAUAAUAUUCGUUUUGGCAUUAAUGCGUUUUGUGCCAGGAAGGUAGUAUCUUGAAAGAAGGAAGAUAUUAAUAUCACAUUUGGGUUGCGUCGAUCAUAUACCUCAGUGUUGACCGCUUUUUCGACCGAACGCGGUUAUAUACUAGGAGAGCUAUCGCCUUUAAGAUUACUCCGAGACUCCUUCUUCUCUCUUUCCUACUUCUCUUGACUUAUCCUCGUUUAUUACUUCAGAAAUACCGCAGUCAUCGUAAAGUCUUACGUUAUUCUUUGAAAGAGAAAAAGGAGAAGGAAAAAAAUAAAACAAACGGGGGAAAAAAAAGAAAAAAGAGAAGGAAAAAAAAAAAAGAAACGACAUGCGUUCAUUGAAUCUCAUUCGUAAUUGAUAAAUCAUUGGAGUUUGGAUUAAUUUACGAGCAUUAUUUAAUCUACAAAAAUGCAUUAUUUCUCUAUGAAUCUUCGUAAGUUCUCUCUUUCUCUCUCCCCGUGUUUUCUUUUUUUCUUUUUUUCUUUUUUUUUUCUGCGGAAGAAAAAGAAAAGAAAAGAAGAGAAGGAAGGAAUCAAAUAAAAAGGGAACAAAAUAAGGAAAGACAGAAACGGUAUAGUAAGCUCGCGAUUUUUUUUGGGGAUAGGAAUAUUCCAGGUAUUUUUGGUCGAGUGUCGUCGAUGCAUAAAUACAGUUUAGCGAAGGGACCGAACGAAAAUGGAAAUUUCGAAUCGAUCGCGUUCGAAGGCGUCUUUCAUCAUCGACGAGAUGUGUCCGGGCGGUUUUGCCGAUGCGACAUUUUCCUCCUUUGUUCUGGCACGAAAAGCCGCAGGUACGUGUCAGGCAUCGAAAUUGAGCGCGAUAGAAUUCAAAUUGAUGGAGGAAACUACACGAUACUCUGUUGUGUUGCCGGUACCACAUCGAUAGACGGUAGCCAUUUAUUAUCGGAUUGUCAUAUGUAUAUACGUAUGUUCGUCUUAAUCCACGUCGAAUUAUUUAUAACCAUUUUAUAUUACCUUCACCCUCCGUCGUUGUCGUGUUCUAUGAUUUAUCGAUUUAAGAUUAACGUGUAUCACGUAGAAGCGUUAGAUAAUUUUCUAACGAAUAAAAACCUUUUCGAUAUUCAAAGCAACGAAAAUUUUCAUCGAUUUUCUUCGAUUUUCGAAAGAACGAUUUCGCGCACGGCACUUAUUUUAUCGCAUGAGAGAAGAAGAAGAAAGGACGAAUGAAAAGGAAAGAAAGAAAGAAAGAAAGAAAAGAAGAAGACAAACGAAAGGAAAAGAAAAGAAAAUAAAAAAGAAAGUUCUUGGAAGACGAACUAUUUUCCUUUUGUUCUUACUUCGAUCAAUAGAAAAAGAGACCGAAUUGAGAAAUUUCCUCGUAUAUUCUGAGUGAUCGCAAUUCUUACAUAAUCGAGAGUUCGAUUUGAUUUCAAAAACGAGAAGGAUUUUCAUGAGAAUUUCAAAAUGGAAGAACUUAGAGAAGUUAAUUAAUUUAAUAGAUAUUGUUUCGAAUUCGAUCGAAUAGUUUCUUAUAUCUCUCGUAUAAUUAUUAAAAAAUUUUUAAUUAUUUCUUUUGAUAUCAUCAUUCAAAGGAAGUAAGUGAUAAAGAUUGUCAAUCAUUUUUCCCCUCGUUCAUUUACUUAUACCUUAUAUUCUAUACUAUCUUGUAUAGUUCUGUUUUCGUAAUAUUUUCUUUUUCUUUUUUUCCUCGUCAAAUUUAAUUUUAGAAUUCUCUUAAAAACUUUUUUCUUACGUUUCGACGUUUAACAACGUCGAACACAACGACCGUUCAUUAAUGUUGUAUAGAUUGGAUCGUUGAAAUUCGUAGGUGUAUGAUUCUUCGAAAGGAUCGAUAUAUAGUCUAAAUCAAAUAGAAUAUUUCUAUGAAAUUGACGGCUUUGUGCCAGGAACGUCGUUGAGGAAGUAUAUGCGAUGAUCGUUCGGGAAACUCUUUGUGUGACGCGCGUCGCGCAUUGGAAACGAGGAAACUGGACGCUUGUAUACGAAGACGCCUCGGACUACUAGGCAUCUUAUCUUGUCGCGACCAUGGUAUAAAAGAUAGCGUCUUUGAACAGGUGCCUCCAGUAAUUGGUGACUAUCGUGAGAACGCGAUUAACUUGGCACACGACCACCGUUUUUCUUCAAUGUGAUUUGUCGAUCUAUAUAUAUAUAUAUAUAUAUCUAUCUCUUUCUCUUUCUCCAUCUUUAAUACGUUUUCGUCAUUCGUACGAGAGAAGAUCGAUUUAAUAAUAAUUUUUCGUUCAUUGAGAUCAUUGAACGUCCUUUUUGAAUUAUUUUCCGUGAUUUACCUACGUCAAAAUUAAUUCCGAAAAAAAUUUCCAAAUAAUCAAAGUGAUCGUGAGAGAUCGUGAAAAAAAGGAUAGAUAGAUAAUAUCGUGUCGGUGCGAAAGGGUGCGAGAGUGACAUCUGUUUGAGGUCGCGAGGGACACUUAUGAAGGGGUUUGACUCCGUACCGAAACUCAGCGUCGAUCAGAUUAAAUAUAUUUGGGACAUCGAUUGGAAGCAGUAGCCGUGCCAAGAGUUGUUAACUGAGAAUGCGCAAUGACACAGCGAAUUUAUCAGUGGUCCACGAGUCCAAGGGAGGCACCGCAGACUAUCCAAAUGGAGCCCCCAAAAUCUCACCGCCCAGAAAAAAUCCUCUCGAGGUACACACAACGAGACACGGAGAAGGAUAAAACGGAAACCGAGUACAUGCUACAACAGAAUGGCGAACCAAUUGAAUUCGUGCCACCUCAGACGAAGGAGGAGGAAAAACCAAUUCAGCAGACACCGACGUUACCACCGGUGCCUUACUAUAGACUCUUCCGAUUUGCUACUAUCGGCGAGUUGAUGUUAAUCUUCGGAGGCCUGAUCAUGGGAACAUUGACGGGUCUCUGUAUCCCGAUUUCUACAAUACAAUACGGUGAAUUCACAACCUUAUUGGUCGACCGUAAUAUGGCGAAUCAAACGAGUACUCCGACGCUUAUAUUGUAUUGGUUCGGAGGAGGAAAGGUCUUAGGACCGAACGCAACUGAGGAGGAGAAAAUGGACGCUCUCUACGACGACUCAGUGGCAUUUGGCGUGUCCUGUGCAGCUUUGUCGUCGCUACAAUUCAUCUUUGCCAUCUUCACUGUCGACUUAUUAAACGUAGCCGCGUUCAGACAGAUCGCUAGAGUACGUAAGAUGUUUCUGCGUGCUGUUCUUAGACAGGACAUGAGUUGGUACGACACUAACACAUCCACAAAUUUUGCAAGCAGAAUUACCGAAGAUUUGGACAAAAUGAAGGAUGGAAUAGGCGAGAAGCUCGGUAUCUUUACGUAUUUGAUGGUCUCCUUUAUAUCAUCAAUCAUUAUAUCCUUCAUAUACGGUUGGAAAUUGACAUUGGUUGUGCUUAGCUGCGCGCCAAUUAUCGUCAUAGCCACUGCUGUGGUAGCCAAGGUUCAAAGCUCCUUAACAGCCCUCGAGUUGGCUGCGUAUGGACAAGCUGGAAGCGUCGCUGAAGAGGUCCUUGGUGCCAUCAGGACGGUCAUAGCCUUCAAUGGCGAGCAAAAGGAGGUCGACAGAUACGCGGAGAAGCUUUUGCCCGCAGAAAAAACAGGCAUCAAGAGAGGAAUGUGGUCUGGCGUUGGAGGUGGUGUCAUGUGGUUUAUCAUUUAUCUCAGCUAUGCCCUCGCUUUUUGGUAUGGAGUCCAACUGAUUUUGGAGGAUCGUCCGAAGGAAUACAAAGAAUAUACACCGGCCGUCUUGGUGAUAGUAUUUUUUGGUGUGUUGGCUGGUGCACAAAACAUGGGUCUCACUUCGCCACAUUUAGAAGCCUUUGCAGUGGCCAGAGGAUCAGCUGCUGCGGUAUUUCAAGUACUCGAUCGUGUACCAUCCAUCGAUAGUCUUAGCAAGGAGGGUCAGAAAUUAAAAUCGGUUAGCGGUGAUAUAGAAUUCAAAGACGUUCACUUUCGUUAUCCAGCGAGAAAGGAUAUCCAGGUGUUGCAAGGUUUAAAUUUGAAAAUAAAACAUGGAGAGACCGUCGCAUUGGUCGGUGGCUCUGGAUGCGGUAAAUCGACGUGUUUACAACUCAUUCAAAGACUUUACGAUCCAUUGCAAGGACAAGUAUAUUUAGAUGGCGUCGAUAUAUCGAAGUUAAACGUUCAAUGGUUGCGCUCGUAUAUCGGUGUUGUUGGUCAGGAACCAGUACUCUUUGACACGACAAUACGAGAGAACAUCCGUUACGGAAAUGACAGCGUUACCGAAGAAGAGAUGAUCAAAGCUGCCAAGGAAGCGAACGCUCACGACUUCAUCAGCAAACUGCCGGAGGGUUAUGAUAGUCCUGUAGGAGAGAGAGGUUCCCAACUAUCAGGUGGGCAAAAACAAAGGAUCGCGAUCGCACGUGCUUUGGUCAGACGACCAGCCAUACUUUUACUCGACGAGGCUACUUCCGCGUUGGAUCUUCACAGUGAAGCAACCGUUCAGAGAGCACUUGAUGCUGCUUCGAAAGGCAGAACGACCGUUAUCGUGACUCACAGACUCUCUACUAUCACUAACGCCAAUAGGAUCGUCUUUAUCAAGGAUGGCAAGGUUGUUGAAGAGGGUACACAUGAGGAGUUGCUGGCACUUGGCAAACAUUAUCACGGAUUGGUCGCAGCUGAUGCCAGUGCUGCUGCCAAAGCUAAGGCUACGGCGUCCGCAGCGAAAACGGUAACAGCAGCGAAACCUAAAACCCAGAAGGCUCCAUUGAAGAGACAAUUUUCGACCCUAUCUAUGCACUCCCAUCGGUUAUCACUAGCAGGUGGGUCCGAUGCCGGCUCGGAUGCUGGUUUGGAGGAGCACGAAAAACCGUACGAUGCACCGAUGAGUAGGAUACUAGGGUUGAACAAAACGGAAUGGCCUUUCAACUUUAUAGGAUGUUUAGCAGCUGGGACGGUAGGAGCAUCAUUUCCAGCAUUCGCAGUCUUAUUCGGUCAAGUUUAUUACGUAUUGGGUCUUCAAGAUGAAGACGAAGUUAGAAGAGAGACGGUGAACUUUUCGGUCCUUUUCAUCAUCGUCGGUGUGAUAACCGGCAUAGGAACCUUCCUACAAAUGUAUAUGUUUGGUCUAUCUGGGGUCAGGAUGACAACAAGGAUCAGAAAGAUGACUUUUGGAGCUAUGUUGAAACAAGAAAUGGGUUGGUACGACGAAGAACAGAACAGUGUCGGUGCGCUUUGCGCUAGAUUAUCUUCGGAUGCUGGAGCCGUUCAAGGAGCUACAGGAAGUCGAAUAGGUGCCAUACUCCAAGCUCUUUCAACUUUGGUCCUUGGCAUUGGAUUGUCUAUGUAUUAUACCUGGAAGAUGACUUUGGUAUCGGUAGUUUCUAUUCCAUUAGUUCUUGGUGCUGUCUUUUUUGAGGCUAGGAUCAUGAGUGGACAGGGACUUCAAGAGAAGAAAAAAAUGGAAGCGGCUACGAGAAUAGCGAUAGAAGCGAUAUCGAACAUCAGAACGGUUGCGAGUUUGGGCAAGGAGACAGCCUUCUUCAAUCGAUAUUGCGUCGAACUCGAUCAUGUGGCGCAAGCUACCAGGACGAGAAACCGAUUGAGAGGAUUGGUCUUCUCUUGCGGUCAGACUACUCCCUAUUUUGGAUAUGCUCUAAGUCUCUACUACGGUGGUUACUUGGUGGCAAGAGAGGGUCUUAAUUAUCAAGAUGUCAUCAAAGUAUCGGAAGCACUUAUAUUCGGUUCCUGGAUGUUGGGACAGGCAUUGGCUUUCGCGCCGAAUUUUAAUACGGCCAAAAUCUCUGCUGGAAGGAUCUUCAGGCUAUUGGAUAGGGUGCCAGAAAUUUCUUCACCACCGGGAUCAGAAGGAAAAGAUUUGGAUUGGAAGGCAGAAGGACUGAUACAAUUUUCAAAAGUGGAAUUCCAUUAUCCAACGCGCCCAGAGAUGCAGAUACUUCGUGGUUUGAAUUUAAUAGUAAAGCCAGGUCAGAUGGUCGCCUUAGUUGGUCAAAGUGGCUGUGGAAAGUCAACCUGCAUUCAACUACUGCAACGCUUGUACGAUCCAAUCUCCGGGACGAUUACUAUGGACCGUCGCGACAUCUCCUCGGUUUCACUGGCCUCACUUAGAUCUCAGCUUGGCGUUGUAGGUCAGGAACCCGUUCUCUUUGAUAGAACCAUAGCCGAGAAUAUCGCUUACGGCGACAAUUAUCGACGAGUUCCGAUGGACGAGAUCAUUGAAGCCUCCAAGAAGUCAAAUAUUCAUAGUUUCGUCAGUUCGUUGCCAUUGGGUUACGAUACGAGACUAGGAUCAAAGGGUACACAGCUUUCAGGAGGUCAGAAACAGCGCAUAGCUAUCGCGCGUGCUUUGGUAAGGAACCCACGAAUCUUGCUCUUGGAUGAGGCAACCUCAGCUCUCGACACUCAAAGCGAAAAGGUAGUACAAGCGGCCCUUGACAAAGCGAUGGAAGGUAGGACGUGUAUCACCAUAGCGCAUCGUCUUGCUACCGUAAGAAAUGCAGACGUGAUAUGUGUCCUUGAAAAGGGUACAGUCGCUGAGAUGGGUACUCACGACGAUCUAAUCGCUGCUGAUGGCCUUUACGCACAUCUACAUAAUCUACAAGAGACCGCCAUGGAAUAGAUAUUUUAGCGCGAGAUUUUAAACUUCCUUCCCAUUCUAUUAUCCCAUUAAUAAUCCCCAUUUUUUUUUUCUCUUUCAUAUAUACAUAUAUAUUUACACGUAUACACUUAGGACGAAUGAAUAUUCUAAUUUCGAAGGUUUAGAUCGAAGGAGAGCUUCGUACAAGGACGAAUCGGAUUCGCGCGAAUUUGGAAAUAGAAAAGAAAAAAAAAAAAAAGAAGAAGAAGAAGAAAUGUUUUCUCAAGACAAUGAUAAUCGAUUACUUAAUUUCUUAAUUAAAUAAUACAUAUGCGGCUCCGUCGACUUAACCAUCGUUAGGUUUAAUCGUCGUGAACAUUGAUCGUCGUGAACAAUUGACGAUAUUCUUCUUUUAAUAUCGUCAAUUUAACGCGAGAUUCGUUGCCUUCAUACGUCUGUUAGAAUUUAUUUAUCCCUUUUCCCCGCCCCCCCCCCCCCCACCCCUACCUCCACCCUUACCCCAUUUUUUCUCCUUCCCUUUUCUGUGCACUUCAUUUCGUUCCCAUUUUCGUGUUUUACAUUGUUUUUAAACGAUUAAUCAUUUUUACCCGCGUAAAAUAAGAAUAAGGUGAAGAAAAACAACAACAACAACAACAACAACAACAACAACAACAAAGAAAAAGAAAUGCAUUGAAUACGACAUGCACUAUUUUCAUAGAUCUGAUCGAAUAAAAAUGAACGAGAAUUUUUCUAGUGCUACUAUAGCUACUACUACUAGAUACUAUCGUUAUUACUAUUACUACUACUACUCUACUAUUACUACUUCUACUACUACUACUACUACUAUUACUACUAUUACUAUUACUACUACUAUUACUACUACUACUACUACUACUACUACUACUACUACUCUUAUUACUACAACAUACACAUACGUAUAGAGAGACAUACUUCAAAGAGGAUUUCAUUCUUGGCAAUCAUCUUACGAUCAAAUCAAAUCAAGAAGAAAAAGGAACGUAUGUAUUUACCAUUACGCUCGCAUAUCGAUAGAAAAGAAAUUGCCGAUUUAUUUUUGAUUAGAUUUUCCUUGAAAUGAAAUACAUGAGAUAUAGUAAAACUAGAAAGAGAGAGAAAAAAAAAAGAAAAGAAUAGAGAAGAAUAAAAAAUGGGAAAGCUUUUUUGGUAGCUUCUCGACUUUUCGAAUUUCAAAGAUAGUUAUAUUCUAAUCCGUUUUGAAAAUUAUCGAGCGAUGACAUCGUUCUCUUUUGUUUUUCUUCUUCUUUUUUUUUUUCUUCUUCUUCUUCUUUUUUUUGAUCGUUGCAUUCUUUUUAUUUUUAUUUUUUUUCCUACUUUUCUUGAGAACGCGAGCGUUCCAUAAAAAAUUUACGUACUCUCUCUCAUCGUCACGAUGUUACGAACUGGAUUUUAUGUGUAUUUUUGUUCUUGUUUUUUUUUUUUUUUUUUUUUUCUCCCUCUCUCAUAUUUAUUUACGAGAGGCCCCGAAAUUGACACUUCUCUUAACUAGAGGUUUAAUGAAUUUUCGAAGAUAGAGCCCGAAUGUAUGAGGCUCUCGUGCGAGGUGAGAUCUCAUAAAUUUACGUCAACUAAACCCUCACGUGCCUUAAUAAUUAGAUACUCACCGAAAUGAUUAUCAAGGGUGUAGACCUUGCGUUCUUUAUGAGGGACAGAGAUACGUGCGAAGAGAAGAGAUAAGAAGAUUCUUUGAUUAAGAUCUCUUCGUAUUUUCUCCUUUUUUUUUUUUGUUUUUUUUUUUUCUUUCAAAAUAUGAAAAAUAAAAUUUAUUUUGAUUUAUUUGAUCAUUCAUUUUGGAUUUCUCGUAAUAUAUUCUUUUUUUUUUUUUUUUGUCAUCGUGUCGUCAGAGAUAUUAGACAUUUCGGAUUUAGUUUAGCGAGAUAAGAUUUAGAGAAAGAAAUAGAGAGCAAGAGAGCAAGAGAGAGAGAGAGAGAGAGAGAGAGAGAGAGAGAGAGAGAGAGAGAGAAUUUAUAGGAAGAGUCGUUUACAGCGUACCAAGAACUUCGACGAAGCGUGGACUUAACAAGAUUUCUCCGUAGUCGACCAUGAAAUCGGUUUUGAUUUACUCGAUAAUUCGAUGUGAGUGGAGAGAGAAAAAAAAAAAAUAUAUAUAUAUAUAAUGCAUUUUCUCCUUCUCUACUUUUUUCUCUUUUUUUUCUCUCUCUCUCUCUCUCUCUUUCUCUCUCUCUUUUUCUUUUUUUUUUUACUUUUUUUUUUCCAUGCACGUUCGAAUAACAACGAGCGUUUGGACGUAUUAAUAAUCAAAAAUAUUGCUAUUUGAUAUCGCAUCGACAAUUUUUGGUAAAAUUUUCGAUGAUCGUUGAAAAUUUUGAUAAAAGGUAAAAUCUAAAAUUUCCAUUGUGUUAAAAAAAAAAAAAAAAACCAACAAACAAAAAGAAAGAAAGAAAGAAAGAAAUAAAAAGAAAGAAGAAAAAGAAAAAAGUAAGAACAAACAAGACAGAAUGAAAAUAUAAUGCGAAAGAUCUCGACGGGAUAUAAUGGAAAACUGUCAUGGAUUUCUUUUUUUUUUUUUUCUUUUUUUCUUUUUUUUUUUUUUUUGUGAGGAACGCGAACAACGCGUAUAAAAUAAAUAAAGAUCAACAUGAAAAAAUAACAUGAAAGGAUCUUUAACUUUUCCAAAGAACGCAACACCCUAGAAAGAAACUCUAUUUGACGUUAAACGGGUAGAUCUUUUUUUAUUUUUUUAUUUUAUUCCUUUUUUCGUUUUUUCUUUUGAGAAAGUUCGUUCAAAAAAAAAAAAGAAAAAAAAAAAAGAAAAAAAAAAGAAAAAAAAAUUCUCUCGGCACGAUUCGCGAUGCCUUAAACGUGAUGUUUAACGUGCGAACAAACAAAAUAAUAAUAAUAAUAAUAAUAAUAAUAAUGAUGAUGAUGAUGAUGAUGAUGAUGAUGAUAAUAAAAUAACUAAGAAACAACGAUAACAAUGAGAAAACGAGAUCGAAACGUCGAUCCAUCGUGUUGUUCGAAUGAGAAUGGGCCUUAUUUAAAGCUUUACGAGAAUAAAAUCAAUCUUAAUAAUUUAAUAAUCAAGCUUUACGGUACUUAAUAUACACAAACAACACAUACACAUUAAUAUUGUUAACCAGUGUAAUGGGGCUAUCACAAUGCUUUUUACUAUUCGCAAGUUGACAAUAGGAAUAAAUGUCAUCGAUGAAAUAAAAGAAAGGAAAAUAAUAAAAAUAGAGAGAGCGAGAGAGAGAGAGAGAGAGAGAGCGCGCGAGAGAGAGAGAAAGGGAUAGUGUAUAUCGCGUUAGAAGAGUAUACACGUUUUACGCCUGGUAAAUCGCAUACAAUAUAAAAAUACGAUCGUGAAAUAGAAACAGCAGAGAUAGAGAAAGAGAGAAGUAAAACUCAACGGUAGAUAUUUUUCGACGACCGCGGAUAGAGAAAGAAGAAAGAUAGAUAGAUAGAAUAUCAUGUGUUUGUCUGUAACAGUGCUCGAGGGAGAUCAUCGCCUAACAACACGCGUCUCGUGUCGAUAUUUCAUUCCAAAUAUCAUUUCAUCGUGUUCGAUUCUGGACAACUUUCGAAUGUAUCUCGUAAAAGAAAGAAGAAAGGUGGAGUGGGGGUUGGGCUGGGGGUUGGGCUGGAAAAAAAGAUAGAGAGAAAAAUAUGAAUUUAUCGCGUUACGAACCGUCGAGCACUGAUGGACAGACAAAUGUAUGGAUAGAUAGAGAAAGAGAGAAAGAAAAAAGAGCAAGCGAGAGAGAGAGAGAGAGAGAGAGAGAGAGAGAGAGAGAGGGGGGGGGGUGGGGAAAGGAAAAACGAAAGAAAAUACAAGGAUCGUAUAUUUUAAUACUUAAAUCGUUAAAUAAGACUAAGACCGCGGCCAUCGUAACUUAAAGGGCCAGAAAGAUCUUAAAACGAGCGUAUAUUUUAGAAAGCAUGAGCUAAUGAAAUAAAAGAGCGAGAGAGAGAGAGAGAGAGAGAGAGAGAGAGAGUGUGAUGUAUACUGAUAUACACGGAACAUACACACAGUAAACGUAUUAUAGCGCAUACUUUUUACAGUGAUACUAGCAGUAUGACGAUGUGGAAGUAUUAAAGUCUUAUGUUUCUUUUUUUUUUUUUUUUUUUUUUUUUUUUUUUUGUUA